UUCUCUCGGUCUUAUUGGAACUCUUCGGUUCUAUCUCUCUCUCUAUACCCUUGAUAGCAGCAGCACGACUCAAAGAGGAAGAGAGGAAGAGAGAUGGAUCCAGACGCGGUAGCCAAGGCCUUCGUGGAGCACUACUACACCACCUUCGACGCGAAUCGCGCAGGCCUGGUUUCUCUCUACCAGGAAGGAUCCAUGUUGACCUUCGAAGGGCAGAAGAUCCAGGGCUCUCAGAACAUCGUCGCCAAGCUCACCAGCCUCCCCUUCCAGCAGUGCAAGCACAACAUCACCACCGUCGAUUGCCAGCCCUCUGGUCCCGCAGGCGGUAUGCUCGUCUUCGUCUCCGGUAAUCUCCAGCUCGCCGGCGAACAGCACGCUCUCAAGUUCAGCCAGAUGUUCCAUUUGGUGUCGAACCAGGGAAACUACUACGUGUUCAACGACAUCUUCAGGUUGAACUAUGCUUGAGGAAUGUGCUGGGGUACUAUGUGAACCAUCGUUAUAAAAGCCAAAAGAGACUGAUGGUAAUCAUAGGGUUUUUAGUAGAUUGGAGAACUUAAAAGCUUGUUUUUAGGUGUCUUUGCUGUCUGUCUUUAUUUUAAUCAAUGGUUAUGGAAGGUCUUUGUUACUUUGGUUGAGAUGAUGACUCUGUUUGUUAUCAAGCAUUGAUCCAUGAUUCAGUAA